AUGGAAGAUUUGCCAAAUUUUCAAAACAACGGCGUUAUGUUGACGAUGGAGGCACAGCCGCGUCGCAUCGUCACCAAAACAGCGUCGGCGAGCACGGACAACGACGAUACCUGCACCGGGGAGCCACCGUCCGCCGCCUCCUCUUCCUCCUCCUACUCAAUCAAUAAUAGCGGCUCCCGCUUGCCAGUACACUUGACGGCCUCCGCUCAUCAAGGUCUUCAGCCAAGGAGGCACCAUCCGCCUUACCACUUCAAAGUCCAACAUUUUUUCCCAGACGACAACGCUCAGGAUGCUUUGGUGAGAAAAUCUUUACCGCCUCUGCAGUAUAAGGUACAUGAUUCUGCCUUUUGUCGUGUUCUUAGCGCCGACACUACCGCCGUAGCUUUAGCUGCGGCCGCUGCUUGCUCUGGUGGUGUGGACAGAGACAUUUGGAAAUGUGGCUACCUUAGGAAGCAAAAACACGGCCACAAGAGAUUUUUUGUGUUGAGGGGGCCUAGCCACUUUGGCCCAAGCCGACUGGAAUAUUACGACAGUGAAAAGAAAUUCCGGAAUACACUGAAAGCUGCUGCUGCUUCUUCAACUGCCAGUGUCGCGUGCCCCCCCAAGAGGGUCAUCUUCCUUUCCCAGUGUUUUACAGUGAACAAGAGGGCUGAUGCUAAGAACAAAUACCUCAUUGCCCUUUAUACUAAAGACGAAUAUUUUGCUAUGGUGGCUGAAAACGAGCAAGAACAGGAGGAAUGGUACCUGGCCCUCACUGAUUUAAUGACAGAAGGCAAAAAAGGCCAGUUGGACGUGGACGAGUUGGACGAUGGCUAUGGUACGAUUUCUCCUGGCACGAUUUUCAAGGAAGUUUGGCAGGUGAACGUCAAGCCCAAAGGUUUGGGCCAGACCAAGAACUUAAUGGGGGUAUACCGUCUGUGCCUUUCUGCCAAAACAAUUCACCUGGUGAAGCUGAACUCGGAGACCCCUGCUGUGAACCUGCCGUUGAUGAACAUCCGCCGCUGCGGCCAUUCUGAGAGCUUCUUCUUCAUCGAGGUGGGACGCUCUUCCUCCAUCGGCCCAGGUGAGAUUUGGGUGCAGGUGGAGGACUCGGUUGUAGCUCAGAACAUGCACGAGACCAUUCUGGAAACCAUGAAAGCGCUGAAAGCCUUCCCCGACUUCAGGCCCCGUAGCAAAAGUCAGUCAUCAGGGUCCAACCCCAUUCCAUUCAUCACCACCCGACGUCACCUAGGCAACCUCCCGCCCAGCCAGACGGGGCUGCAACGCCCCUCCAGGACGGAGUCUGUGGCUGGCACGCCGCCCACGGGCAAGAACAAAGGCACGACGAGCGGGCAGCGUUUUCGAACCUCCAGCGAGGGCGAGGGCACGUCGGACCGACCCCUGAGUUCCGGCACGGGCAGCCUGGUGCACCUGAACACGCCCGGCGUGAGCGUGGGGCGCGAGGAGAGCGGCAGCCGCUGCACCCAGGCCUCGCCCGGUUCCGUGCACCACACCCGAUCCGCCUCCCUGCCCGUCUCGCACUUCCUGUCCGCCACCAGCCCCAUCAGCGUGUCCAGCAGCAGCGGCCACGGUUCGGCCUCCGACACCCACACCCGUCCCUCCAGCUCAUCCAUCUGUGGUUCCCCCAGCGACGGAGGCUUCAACUCCUCAGACGAAUUUUGCCCCAGCCCUUGUGACUUUAGGUAUUUCCGAGCGAGCAGCAGCACCCCCGAAUCCCGCGGCAACACCCCGCCCGUGAGAGAGGAGUACUGUCUGGCCGACUACAUCGCCAUGGACUGGCACAGGGACGCGCAGGGCGGAGCCCGGACGUUCGAGGAGGAGAGCAGUUACAUGGAGAGAACCUUCUUCAAACUUACGCACUCCUCGAAGCCCAAGCCGGGCUCGGGCGUGGGCAUGACGCAUCAGAAAGCGACGCAGACGUCGUCGUCGUUAGACGAAUCUAGCCCGGCAGAGCCCAGAAGACAGCAGGUCUGCUCGUGUUUCCUCAAGUCGGGCUACAAGUCUUACGCCGAAUUACAUCACCCAGCCAAACCCCCCGCGCUCCACUCUGAAUGCAAGAAGAAACCGCCUAAAGAUGCCGGCUACAUGCCCAUGCUGUAUGGUAUGGGGACCUCUCACGACGCAGAAUACAUCCCUAUGCAACCCAGAGCGCACCAUCCCUCCAUCCUGGAUCUAAACCCAUGCAGCUCACAGCAGGAGGACAGACAUGGCUACAUGAUGAUGUUGCCCGGCGACAGCCAAUCGCCGGCGAUGUCCAGCCCCUGUGGUAGGAACCAGUCAGAUUACGAAGAGUACAUGGACAUGUCGUUCAGUGCCGCAGCGGAGGGCUACGCGCAGGCGUCGCCUGAAGGCCCCAAGUCCCACGGGUCAUACUUUUCCCUCCCGCGCUCCUACAAAACUCCCUCCCGGGAGAAACGCGAUCAGACGGAAUACGUGGCGGUAUCCCCUCCGGACCCUCCCAGUCCUCCCAGUCCAGGGGAGUACAUCCACAUGGAUUUCGGCGACAGGACGCCCCACGCUGUCGUCUCCCCGUCGGCGGCAAACUCCCCUUCCACUCCAAGCUCUCAGCCUUGUUAUGAACUGUGCUGUCCAUCCCCUGACCAGGACUACCUGGGCCUGAACAUGGACAGUCUCCUGAAGGACCGCCCUCCACGCCACUCCCUCGUCGCACCCUGGAAUCCCCCAAACUACGCACGACCCAUGGCUUGCAGCUACGCCCAGGCGGCGCAGAGCGACUUCGACGUCAAGAGCGUUCGCGCCGGCGGCUGCGGGGACGCCAGGAGCCCCUCUAGGAUGUUCCAGCACCUGUGCGUCGCCGAAAAGUCGCCUCCUCCUCCCAACCUCCAGGUGGAGCCCAAGGUCAUCAGGGCGGACCCGCAAGGCAGGAGAAGACACAGCUCGGAGACGUUCGUGCCCGCGCCCGCCGCCGUCAGGGUCCCCGCCGUCCCCAACCUGACAGAGGGCGCCAGGUGGCAGAACUCGGCCUCGUUCGACAGCGUCUGGUCCCACGUGGAUGACCUCGACCCCGGGAUCCUCGACGGCGCCCCUGCCCCCGGUCUCGGCUCCGCUGGAGGAACACCAUGCCUGGACACCUCAUCCAGCUACCUCAACUAUAUCGCUCUCGACCUGAGGGAAGUCCCAAGGAUUACCCACGAUGCUCCUCCUUCGCGCCCAGGGCGUAGCAACCUCCAGGAGAGCGAGGCCUACGUCGGUAUAGACUUCUCUUUAUCAGGAGGACACACCACUGCCUCAAAAGGUUGGUUGUAUCUCUGCUUCCCUCUCUGUUACAAAUGCCGUGGAGCUGAAUAA